AUGGGAUUUUUGAGUGGAGUGCUUGGUGCGGUGAAGGAUGAUCCAAGCGUUACAACUUACUAUAAGAACAUGGAUAAAACACUUAAAGACAUUAAACAAAAUAUGCACAAAUCUGGCGGAUUGUCUGCGGCCGUUGAGGCUGUGAGCACGGCGCUGGGGGAGUGGGAUAGGGAGGUGACUGAAAAAACUAGCGCACUUAAGGAACAACUACGAAUACUUAAUGUUGAUAGAUUUAAUGAUUUUAACAAUGCACUUAGCGUACUUAAUAAUUGCAAUGCUGCUCAAGUGGCUGAUCAGUUGCAGGUCUGCAUCACUGAGGCAACUGCGAUGCUAACUGACUUUAAUUUCACCGAAACGUAUUAUUAUAAUCUCGACAAAGCACUGAGAGAUAAGUUGAAAGAUCCUGUAAAUAACAUCAAAGUACAGGUGAAAUCGUUCGUGGAGGCGGCAACAAACAAGGAAUUGCGUAAUGUGUUAAUUUUCAGUGAGCAGGAGUUAGAGAGACUGGGCACCAAAAUGAAGGACAAUGCUGAGGUUUGCAUUAGGGUUAUGGAAAGCAAGAUCAACAGCAAUUUCGAAGCACAGAUAAAGACGCCAAUAAGAGAUGUGAAUGAUAAGCUAAAAAAGGUUUAUGAAGAUUUGGCGAAAUGGAAAAUGAAGGCACGAAGAGUUUUGGACAAAGCUAUUGAAAAAUGUAAUAUAAUUGCUAUAAUGGUUGAUCCGCAAAAUUCAGAUAUUCACAAUAAAGCCAACGCUAUGAAAAGUACAGCCGAGAAACUCCGGGAUGCAGCAAAGGAAUCUACAGACGCAGUUACGAAGCAGGUUGCUGCAGCGCUUGAGUAUGUUGUUCAGUUGGACAGUGCUGUUAAAAUGGAUCUGGAUCGGGUGAAAGGCCAGAUUCAGAUGGCACUGCGAAAGUAUGUUAAGGAAGAGUUGCUCAAGGAUAUUAAAACGCGGGUAGAGACUAUCGAAGGUAAGCGAGCGAAUGAGGCGUUGCGUGGGAUUAAAACCACGGUAGAGAAUUAUGCUAAGAAAUUUCACCAUAAUGGAGCGGAUGGGUUUGAAAGUAUCAUAAAAAAUUGGAUUGAUGACAUUAUUAAGGUGGAUCCAGUCAAGGGGUGGAUUAAUAAGUAUGUUGAGUAUAGCAAUACCAGGGGUUUAAAAGAAAUAUAUAAGAGAGACAUUGACGGCGAUAACACAAAAGUUUGUGAGGAAAUCAGAGUGAAGAUAGAGGAGGCGCUUCAGACAGCAGGCAUUAUUAGCCAAACGAGCAUAGCCGCGAAGGGUGCUCAUCUUGACGGCACCAUUAAAGGUUGCGUUCAAGCUGUUCAGUUCGGUUGUAAUACAUUCGCCAGUAAGCUCGGUGAGAAGUUAAAGGGAGGGGAGAUUAGUACUCGUGGAUUAUCAAACAAGAUUGAGAUGCAAUUGACAAGUAUUGCCCAUGCAACUACUAAUCUAUAUAAUUCUGUCGACUCCAUCUUACAUCAACUGGUGGGUGUAGCGAAAAAAACUGGUGAGGCAAUUCAGUCCUUCGCAGUCGAUGAAUCAAAUAUGAGUGAGGACGUCGAUUCUGCGCUUAGAGUAGCCAAUCAGCUGGGCAUCGAUCUUCGCACGGCAACUGAGCCGACAGACCCUAGCGUUCCUGUGGAAGCCAUUCUCCCCUCCAACCAUGGGUACGACACUUACAAGUUUGACAGCAAGAUUCUCGGGAUAUUGGACACGGAUAUCGGUGAGACCGAUGGCAGUGACGGUAAAGUCAAAAUUCUGGGAGAAAAAUAUCUGAACUACGCGUUAUAUAUUCAACAAGACGCAUCCACCCUAAGGGCCCUCAAGGGUAGGAAUCUAACUGGUGUGGCGAAGGAAGGCAAGCUGCCAGAUAACAUUGGGAUGAUAGAGAGACAGGGUCUCCAGAAACUUAAGGACACUGGCAUCAACAAAAUUCUAAAGAAGAUCGACAAUCCAUUCGAAACUUUUUUCCACGUUAUUAAGAAGCAACUCACAGCGUUGACUGCUAUGGUAAAUGAAACGAAUAUGAACCAAUCGGAUUCCACAGAUAAUAAAGGUAUCAAGAUUCUUCUUGAAGAGUUGAAAGACAUGCUUACCAUCGAGGAUGCAAAGAAACGUUACAAUCUUACAAGUGGCCUUGCAAAUAUACAACACGAUAUUGACAAAUUAUUAGGCACUGUAAUUGAAAAACAUGAUAGCACCAAUAAUCAUAAUAAUCUGAAAAAUAUCGUCGCAAAUGCCGACACCUUCUACACAACCGUUAUAGAAGCGGAAAGCAUUAUGGCCAUAAAUCAGAUAACAACGUCAUGUACGCACGAAUUCAAGCUGACUAAGGAAGCAAUUCAACACAAUGCAAAAACGCGGUAUAACAACAAAAUGAGUAAGAUUCUGAAAGAGAUGCGAAGGAGCCUUAAUAAUAACGUCAGUAUAAUUGAAUACAUCAUCGAUAAAGAUUACGUAACUGGCGCGAAAGGUUUAAUGCGUACUUUGAAAGGAAUCAGUGUGAGCGUCAAACCAAACGAGCUUCCCAAGUUCGAUGAGUCCCCAAUCAAUAAUAGCCUUACAGCUGUAAACAAGAAUUUCACUCUCGCCGACUUUAAAGACCUCUCAUCGAAUCUGAAAAAAUACGUUAAUAAAAUUUUGCGAUAUGUCGAGCACCAGGCAAUGACACCGAUGCCUGACCCACAACCUGCGAAGACAAAUACGCAAUCCGACAAUGUAAAGAACAUUAACCAAAACACCAACAAAUUACUCGAACAUCUGGCCGGAGAUUGUAACUCUAAAAAGUAUAAUUAUGAUCAUACCUUCGCUGAUUUACUCUCCCACCUCUCCUCCUCCCUCACCGCUCUCCACCCCUCCGCCUUCGCCAACCCCCGGCACCCGGAGCUGCUCGAUGCGGUCAGAGCGGGGCUGCAGGGGCUUGUCAAGGAGAUGGAGCGGGUGUAUGUGAACGGGUAUGAUGGGCAUGAGGAGAGUAUUAAUUUUGAUAAAUUAGUUAUAGAUGGAAGUAAUAACGACAAAAAAUUGACGGAUGACGGCCGAAAUUUGUCGAAGGUAUUUUUGACCAUCAUGAACACUAUUUACGACGAUCUUCACAAAUUGCAUUUCGAGUGCGAGCAUUACUGGAAAGAUAACAAACUUUGCGAAACACAAAAGGAGAAAGACAAUCCGCUCGGUUUAUACCUUAAACGAUGUGGUUACACAGUCGCCAAGAAAGAGACAUCCAAGGACGGCGAAUCGCAAUGUAAGACAGGUGUCACUGGUGGAGUAAUAUUCAGUAAGCUUGUAGCAACCACUGCAAGCACAUCCGGUACGUACAAACUUAUUGACAUCACCGAAAGUAUUGCAACUCACCUCAACAACUACAACGACGUAUGCCACCUAUCCACAUUAACAUCCAAAAAGCAUCCAUGUUCCGUCUACGAAAUGCUCUGUUGGAUGACCGGACUCCCACAUAAUCCAGCAUACUUGUCGUUGCUUACUGACGCUCUACCGCCAUUAAUGCAGUCAGAUAAGCCAAUGACGGAUAGGGAUGACGACAUCGACAUAGACUUCUAUGACCACACGUCGCUAUACAUUGAUACCUAUCCAAAAAAGACAACUUACAGCGAUAUCGAAACGCUGAUAGAAUACCUGUGCUCUCGAUCAUAUGAUGUAAUAACGUGUAUCGCUGGCACUGGAGACGCUGAAACGGUCUAUGGCAGUGACUUUUGCAACAACGCCUUAAGAUUGCAUUAUCCGCAAAACGGUAGCGAUUGUCUUGACAUGUUGCUCGACAUCCUGCGUAGAUUGUUCUUACCGCUUAAAUUCUUGCAGCGGCAGUGCGGCGUAAGCGUAUUGUACAAUGGUUGGCGCCAAUGUUACUACGGUAGAGACGUCUCCACAGCCAACUGGCCGUGCAAAGAGCAUCCAAGGUCAGAACCUAGGUGCGAGUCGAAUUGUCAACCAAAGUGCGAACCAAAUUGCCAAGCAAAAUCACCACUAAUGAGCUACCUAAACGACUGUCUCCCGGGUCAUUUACCGCAUCAGCUGAGCAAAAUCGGUUGCAAACUUGAGUGCUCCACGUGCAGUGGUAGCAAACCAGGAAUGCCUUGCUUGACUCCCCUAGGUUUCAAAGGUUUUUCAGGAAGCAAACGUGCAGGUAAAGACAUAUGUGACGUCCUUGAUAAAUGGUUCAAUAUACACCAUUUCAAAGACAUAUUCUGCCUCAAUACAAAGACGCCUUCAUCGUUACCAGAACACUUCGGUUUCGCUUUGUCUCUUGCUAAGAACCUUAAUGAUAGCUCCACGACGCAAAUCAUUAGCAUGGAAACAGUCGAUGAUAAGUUCCGAGGAGCCAUGAAAAGUGUGUCUAUGAAACUAUAUUCCGAUACAUCCAAACUUACGAAAGCUGUGACAAACGCAUAUGGCGCAACGUCAAUUGGACAUUCCGAUUGCAGACAGCAUCUCAUGAACCUUACACGUGAUGGAAUAUGCGCGGAUGCAGGAGUGUACUGCGCUCCGUUCCUCUACUCACUAUGCAGCGAUUACUGUACCUACCGCCGUAGAAAGCAUGCUGGCACAUACCUUUCCUGGGCAGUGUACCUACCAUGGAACCUAUGGAACUAUCUAAGAAGUCUUUACGACGAAUUCGGUGAUAUUGUAUGCAAGAACUGGGGAUGCCGGUCGUGUUUGAACAGCGAUACCUGCAAGCCUGGAGAGCAUGGAAUUUUGGACAACUCGUGCAAAUGUUCCUCCGUUGUAAACUGCGGAGGCGUGUCGCCUACGCUUUAUAAAUACGGCUUCGUAUUCGGCAACGCUGCAAAUCUGAAGGUACACAAAAACACAUGUUUCCAUUUGCGUACUCAAUUAAUGAAUGUUUUAAAAUCAUCAUACUUCACUGACCUCUUCAACGAGUGCGACAACUUCCUUUGGAUCAUCAGACAACCCUUCAUCUGGCUCAACGUCGCCCUCUGGCUCCUCUCUCUGCUCUACCUCCUCUACAUCAUGGUCAUCCGCCUCGACCUGCUCCACAUCAAAUCGCAUUUACAUAGUCCCUCGAGUCAUAGGAUCGCUGCUCAAUCACUACUCGCCGCGGCACGUGUUAACAAGCUUAACAGAGUGUUUUAUCUACAACCAUAA